CCCGGUGCGGGAGAGGAGCAGCGGCGCGGAGGAGGAGGAAAAGGAGGCGGUGGCGAAGGAAAGAGGAGGAGAAAGAGAAAGGCAGCCGGGAGGGAGGGAGCGCCGAGCCAGAGACUAGCACAACAAUUUCUCCGCCGUCCUCUAGCACCCAGCAAGCGGCGGCAGUGGCAGUGUCUAGAAAUACAUAGCUAGAAAUAUCACCCCGCUCCUGCACCAUGGUUUUCCAAAGUAGAGUCCCUUCUUGGAUUAUUUUGUGCUCCGUCUGGCUGUUCCGCUUUGCACACACGGGGGAGGCACAGGCUGCAAAAGAAGUAAUACUGCUGGACUCUAAAGCACAACAGACAGAAUUGGAAUGGAUUUCCUCCCCUCCUAAUGGGUGGGAAGAAAUUAGUGGACUGGAUGAAAACUACACUCCUAUACGAACAUACCAGGUAUGCCAGGUGAUGGAAUCAAACCAAAACAACUGGCUUCGGACUAACUGGAUUGCAAAAAGCAAUGCACAAAGGAUUUUUGUAGAACUGAAAUUCACUCUGAGGGAUUGUAACAGUCUUCCUGGAGUUCUGGGGACUUGUAAAGAAACUUUUAACUUGUAUUAUUAUGAAACAGACUACGACACUGGCAGGAAUAUCCGAGAAAGCCAAUAUGUAAAAAUAGACACUAUUGCAGCAGAUGAAAGUUUUACCCAGGGUGAUCUUGGGGAGAGAAAAAUGAAACUUAACACAGAGGUGAGAGAAAUUGGACCUUUGUCCAAAAAAGGAUUCUAUCUUGCAUUUCAGGAUGUAGGGGCCUGCAUUGCUUUGGUCUCUGUCAAAGUCUACUACAAGAAGUGCUGGUCCAUCAUUGAGAACUUAGCUAUUUUUCCCGACACAGUGACUGGCUCAGAGUUUUCCUCUUUAGUUGAAGUACGAGGAACUUGCGUCAGCAGUGCAGAAGAGGAGGCGGAGAAUUCGCCGAAGAUGCACUGUAGUGCAGAGGGAGAAUGGUUAGUGCCUAUUGGAAAAUGUAUUUGCAAAGCAGGAUACCAGCAAAAAGGAGACACAUGUGAACCUUGUGGCCGUGGGUUCUACAAAUCCUCCUCACAAGAUCUGCAGUGCUCCCGCUGCCCAACUCACAGUUUCUCUGACAAGGAAGGAUCUUCAAGAUGUGAUUGUGAAGAUAGCUAUUAUAGAGCACCUUCUGAUCCACCAUAUGUCGCAUGCACAAGACCUCCAUCUGCACCACAGAACCUUAUUUUCAAUAUCAACCAGACUACCGUGAGUUUGGAGUGGAGUCCCCCUGCUGACAGUGGGGGAAGAAAUGAUGUGACCUACCGCAUUUUGUGUAAGAGGUGCAGCUGGGAGCAGGGUGAAUGUGUUCCCUGUGGGAGUAACAUUGGAUAUAUGCCCCAGCAAACUGGAUUAGUAGAUAACUAUGUCACUGUAAUGGACCUGCUAGCUCACGCUAACUACACGUUCGAAGUUGAAGCUGUGAAUGGGGUUUCUGACUUGAGUCGUUCCCAGAGGCUUUUUGCAGCUGUCAGUAUUACCACCGGUCAAGCAGCUCCCUCGCAAGUUAGUGGAGUAAUGAAAGAGAGAGUGCUGCAGAGGAGUGUGGAGCUUUCCUGGCAGGAACCAGAACAUCCCAAUGGAGUCAUUACUGAAUAUGAAAUCAAGUAUUAUGAGAAAGACCAAAGGGAGAGGACCUAUUCAACAGUGAAAACCAAGUCCACUUCAGCUUCUAUUAAUAACCUAAAGCCAGGAACAGUGUAUGUUUUCCAGAUUCGUGCUUUCACUGCUGCUGGUUAUGGAAAUUACAGUCCCAGACUGGAUGUUGCCACACUAGAAGAAGCCACAGCCACAGCUGUUUCCAGUGAACAGAAUCCUGUUAUUAUCAUAGCUGUGGUUGCUGUGGCAGGAACUAUCAUUCUGGUCUUCAUGGUGUUUGGAUUCAUCAUAGGACGAAGGCAUUGUGGCUAUAGCAAAGCUGAUCAGGAAGGGGAUGAAGAACUUUACUUUCAUUUUAAAUUUCCAGGCACCAAAACCUACAUUGACCCUGAAACCUACGAGGACCCAAAUAGAGCUGUCCAUCAAUUCGCCAAGGAGCUAGAUGCCUCUUGUAUUAAAAUUGAGCGUGUGAUUGGUGCAGGAGAGUUUGGUGAAGUCUGCAGUGGGCGUAUGAAACUUCCUGGCAAGAGAGAUGUUGCAGUGGCUAUAAAAACUUUGAAAGUUGGCUACACUGAAAAGCAAAGGAGAGAUUUCCUGUGUGAAGCAAGCAUUAUGGGCCAGUUUGACCACCCCAAUGUUGUUCACUUAGAGGGGGUUGUUACCAGAGGGAAACCAGUCAUGAUUGUAAUAGAAUACAUGGAGAAUGGGGCCUUAGAUGCAUUUCUUAGGAAACAUGAUGGGCAAUUUACAGUCAUUCAGCUAGUGGGAAUGUUGAGAGGAAUUGCUGCUGGAAUGAGAUAUUUGGCCGAUAUGGGAUAUGUACACAGGGAUCUCGCAGCACGCAAUAUUCUUGUCAACAGCAACCUUGUUUGUAAAGUGUCAGACUUUGGCCUUUCCAGAGUUAUAGAAGAUGAUCCAGAGGCCGUCUACACUACUACCGGUGGAAAAAUUCCAGUGAGAUGGACAGCUCCAGAGGCCAUCCAGUAUCGCAAAUUUACAUCAGCAAGUGAUGUGUGGAGUUAUGGAAUAGUUAUGUGGGAAGUAAUGUCCUAUGGAGAACGGCCUUAUUGGGACAUGUCAAAUCAAGAUGUGAUAAAAGCAAUUGAAGAAGGCUAUCGUUUGCCAGCACCCAUGGACUGCCCAGCAGGACUGCACCAGCUGAUGCUGGAUUGUUGGCAGAAGGAACGUGGUGAAAGGCCGAAGUUUGAGCAGAUAGUUGGUAUUCUGGACAAAAUGAUUAGAAACCCAAACAGCUUGAAAACCCCACUGGGAACCUGUAGCAGACCAAUUAGCCCUCUUCUGGACCAGAACACUCCCGAUUUUACCACUUUCUGCUCCGUAGGCGAAUGGUUACAAGCUAUUAAGAUGGAAAGAUAUAAGGAUAAUUUCACAGCAGCAGGCUACAACUCUCUUGAAUCAGUUGCCAGGAUGACUAUUGAGGAUGUGAUGAGUUUAGGGAUCACGUUGGUUGGUCAUCAAAAGAAAAUCAUGAGCAGCAUUCAGACUAUGAGAGCACAAAUGCUACAUUUACACGGCACUGGCAUCCAAGUGUGAUAGACAUUUCUCCCUUAUGAGGGAGGUGACAGACUGAGAGAACAGCACUGGCCUUCAGUAUAUAUGAAGUGCUGCUAGAAGACACUUGAUUUCCUGGGUCCUUCCUGCAGUGAAUAGAAGAGCUACAAGAAGCACCUACAGACUUGAACUCCUAAGUGCCACCAGAAUUUAUGAAAAGGGAAUUAGGAUCCACCAGUGGUGGCAAGGAAAACAGCAGUGACAAUAAACAAAGUACUACCUGAAACAUACAAACACCUUGAGCUCUCUAACCUCCUUUUUAUCUAAUAGACUUUUUAAAUGUACAUAAAAAUUUAAAAAAGAAUAUAUUUGUCAGAUAAAAUCAUGAUAUUAUUGUUGAAUUCAACAAGAUAUUUUCCUUAAAUCUGUGAUUUCUGAAUCUUUUUUUAAUCAUUUGUGUUUAUUCUUCAUAAAGACUUUCUUUUAGUAUGAUGUUUAUAUCUUUGGACCUUUUUAGUGCUAAUUCUAUGACACAUUACUACACUGGGUACCUCUGAAGGAUUAUUUGAGUUCCUAGAGAUUUAAGAAGCAUGACCAAGCAAUGUAUAACUGUCCGAACUUUGGUAUCCUUUUGUGCCAUUUACUUUUGUUAGAUCAGCACCGUAUUGACAUGGCUAGCUAAUUGGCAGGGAGUCAGGAAAAUGCAAGGUGCCAAGAGCUCUGAUAUUUUUUAAAGAAUUUUUUAAGGUUACACAUAUACUAUCUUUUAAAAGAAAAUAAAAGAGAAAAAAAAAAGAAAAAGAAAAGCAAUAAUGACCCCUAAGUAGUUCUAGGCACUUUUAGCAAAUUGUUUGCAAGAUGAUUUUAAUGGACUAGAGUGAAAGUGAGAUAUAUUCUAAGAUGUAGAUCUACAAAUGUAAACCUGCUGAGAUACUGCAUUGAGUGGACAAGUGAUUGUAGGAGUAUCUCAGAACACAGGUGCAGUUCUCCGAUGUUACCUAAACCAUUUAAUCUGAGCACAUCACUUUUUUUUUCAGUACUCUGCAUUAGCAAAUCUGAGAGAAAUAGCUGGCAUAUAUUUUAUAUGAGUUUAAGCCGUAUACAGUCCAGCUGUCAGAAUGAGGACAUAGAUUUUAUAUGAAAACUGUAGAGCAUGAGGCAAGGGGCAGUUCAAAAUUUUCAGUUUUUUUCAUAAGCUUUUGCUGCUCUGAACAAUUAUGCACGUGUGUGCUCACACAGACACAACAGUCAGUCAUUCAUCAGGAGCACAGAUGCAAGAGUAAUUGCUCAGUGGAAUAUCUUUACACCAUUUAUAGAUAAAUUUUGUUUGAUUAAAAUAUUUAACUACUAUAAGCAAUAAUGAACAGUGUCUCUACAUAUAUUGCAGGAAUACAUAUGAAUCAGAGAGAAACGCUUUAAAAAAAAAUCUGAAAAUUGUGAACUACCCCAGCAAUGAAAUGCUGUACUUCCAAAGAGAAUUGGGCUGCUUCUAUUGAUUUUGAUAGAGAAAGAUCCCAGGGAUCAGUCAUAAAUUGGUCUUGUUUGAUAAUGUGGGCAUCCACACAAAAAAAAUAAAAAUGAAAGAAAAACCCUGUAAAUGUUCCUUUGUAAAACUUGUAAAUUUUAUUUAUACUGUCUUGUUUUGUACACAUAUUUAUGUGUAGUGAGCUCUGAAAACAUUGAAAAUGCACUAUAUUUUUCUAUUUUACUUGCAGAGCAUCACAGACAAACAUGUAUAUUCAGUGCUACAUAAUGUGUUUUCCCACAUUUAGGACCAAAGAUAGUUAUCAAAAACUUAAAUGCAUCAUUUUCACCCUCCUUUUUUCUCCCCCUUUUUAGAUCACUGUACAGUGUUAUAUUUGUCAUUUUAUUUAUUUGUUUUGUAGAAAAAUCAGUUUGAUUAUACUAAGUUUUUGUCCCCCCUGCUUUUGUUAAAGAAAAUCUGUAAAAAGCUUUUAAAUAACAUAAUCCCGUUACAUAGACACUUCCAUUUGUAAUCUUUGUAAUAGACUGUAAAUAUAUUUUUGGAACUAUAA